AUGCUCCUGUCGCGCUCAUUACGACGCACACCCUUCUAUCACUCCCCCACGGCCAUCAUCAUGACCACCCGACAACGUUCCUCCUCGCCUGCGACGACGACGACGACGACAACGACGACGACCACACCUCCAGAUGUCGCCGAAUCGACUUCGCAAGCAAACGUCCGAGCAGCCUCAGCUCGGCAGCAGCAGCACCACCAUGACGAGCACGGCCGAGCAGCGAAGCGUAUUCGAUUGGAUCAUCAUCAACCGCCAGUCCGUACACUGCCCUAUCACAAGGGACUGCAUCUCGCUCCGAUGGUGAGGAUCGGCACCUUGCCUACCCGGCUACUCGGUCCGUGCGCUGCUCUUCUCUGCCGUGCACUCACAACAGCUGACGGAGCUCGAAUCCCCACAGCCCUCGACUAUGGAGCAGAAUUGGUUUGGGGUCCGGAGAUUGUCGACAAAGCCAUCAUCGGCUCGGAGCGUGUCGUAGAUCGUAGGUCCCCCACCCCCGUCCGUCCUCCGAUCUCCGAGCAACCAGGCCUGAAAAUUCUUCCCCUCCUCCCUCCUCCCCACAGCCAAAUCAGGCACCAUCAAAUUCAUCAAAAACAACCGCUCCGUCUUCGAAUGUCACCCCGUAGAAAGACCGCGACUCAUAUUCCAACUCGGGUCCUCCGAUCCCGAGUUGGCGGCCCAAGCGGCCCAGAUGAUCGCUGGCGACGUCGAUGGGAUCGGAUUGAAUUGCGGAUGCCCGAAACAUUUCUCCCUCCAAGCCGGAAUGGGAGCCGCGUUGUUGUCCGACCCGGACAAAUUAUGUUUGGUGCGUUUUUGUCUUUCUUUUGUUGGGAUGAAAGAGUGAAAAAUACUUUUCCUCCCUCUUCCUUGGCUGACUCCACGUGGGAUAUCCCUUUUAAUCAGAUCCUCGAAGCACUCGUCAAAGAGAUCCCACUGCCCAUAGACGUCAAGAUUCGCCUCUUCCCCACCUCCGAACCGACUCUAGCGCUCGUCAAACGACUACUCAACACGGGCGUCAAAUGUCUGACCGUGCAUUGCCGAACGAAAGAAAUGCGUUCGACCGAACCGGCUUUACUGGAGAGGUUGAGGGAGAUUGUUGAGCUCGGGAGGGAGAAGGGUGUUCCGGUCGUCGAGAAUGGGGAUUGUUAUGAUGCAAAGGAUGCGGAAAGGAUAACGGAACAAACGGGUGAGUUGGCAAGGAGGAAAAAGACAGUUUUGGUCAGUGGAGGUGCGACUGACGGUUCUCGGGUCUUUGGGAAUAGGUGUGACGAGUUGCAUGAUUGCCCGAGGCGCAGAGGCGAACCCUUCUUGUUUCAGGAACGAAGGCUUGUUGGAUUCGGUCAACGAGGUCAUUCCUCGAUUACUUCGACUGGUCAGUCGGGACCCUUUCUUCUCUUCUGAAUCGCACCAAGUGUUCUCAACUUCCCAUUUUUUUUUCUUUUUUUCGCGCAGUCACUCGCGUCGGAUCUCAACUUUCAAAACACGCGUUACAUCAUAAACUCGAUGACGCUCACCUCUGAAACCUUGUCCAAGCGAGAGAAGGGAGCGAUCAAACUCGCUUCCAACAAGGCGAAAAGCUAUUACGAGAUGGCGGAGGCGUUCGGGAUUGAUAAAGAGGCCGUGGAUGAGGCGAGGGGGAUGGGGAUUGAGCGUCUGGUACCGGGUUGGAUGGAGAGGAGGAAGAGGAUCUUGGAGGAGGAGCUGGGAGAAGAAGCGCACUUGAAGUGA